AUGGGUGGACUUGGGUUCGCGGGGAAGGUCGACACGACGGCCCCGUACGACGACAAUCUAGUACCCGAGGAGCUGCGGCGCCUAUGCGUCAAGUAUGGCAUCGACAGUGAUACAUGCGUAUGGCGAAAGAAGAAGGCGGAGAGUGCUCGGAACGAGAUGUGGGACCCAACUGUCUUCGUCCCGGUCGCUCAGGCUGUCAUAGGGGCACUCCACGAGGACAUACUUCGUGGGCUGAACGAGUUCUACUUAGGACACCGUACAGCAGGAUACGGGCUACGUACGAGGUGGCUGGAACUCGCCACGGGGCCAAGAUGCGCGCGUCGCCGGCUCCCAGCGCUCUGA